AUGAAGAAACUUUCAAAUGCGUGCUCUGUCAUCCUUUAUAUAUACACUACGGAGUAUUGUGCGUACAUAGAGGGUUGGCCAGCAUCAGAAGCACUUGCAGCCUUCUUUGGGGUCGCAGCACAGUACAGUACUGAGCUCAGAACCAAGCACCUGCACGCGGAUUUGUUUAGUGGCCGGUGCACGGUCCGCUCCGGCAUCGCCAGUCGGGUAUUUAGACCCCACCUAAUCCGCUCUCUAUCAAUCGACCAAGUACGUGUCGACAACUCCCAAUGGCGCUUCAGCUUCACAUUCCUCCCUGUAUCCGCAAUCCACCUCAUCACCACCACUUUCCACCCGUCGACAAACCGCCAAGAACUCGGAUACAACCCCAACCUCCUUCCAAGCGUGGAACUCCUGAGAUUAAGGGACCGCGUCAUGGCCAUGAUGACGCCGAAGGGAGGUGCUGACGUCUACGACGACGUGCUGUAUAGCUCUAGUGGCGGGGAUGAUGCCCCGAGAGUUCUGGUCGGAGAUGGAGAUUUUGAGGUUGAUCUGGAAGACAAGGUCCUCGAGUGGAGAGAGCGUGCCGAAGGAGAGCUUGCUCCGUUGACUGUCAAGGAGGCAGAAGAUAUGGUCUGGGAAGAUGAGAGCUUCGCCUUCUGA